AUGCCCCUCUUUGGCGGAGCGACGUGUCGCCCUGCUCGGAUCCUCUGUUGCGCUGCUGCGCUGGUCGGGCUCCCGCUGCUUCUCGUCGUUGUCCUCUCCGAAAAUGACCCUUCCUCGUCGAAUCCGUUCAUUGACUUUGCUCGAGCCUUCAGGAGCGUCCCUCCGAGGUGCGAUUUACUCAUUCACCCUCCUUCCCUACCCGCCAUCUCGCUCGCUCGCUCUCUUCCUCCAUUCUUGUCGAUUCAUCCCUCUAGGCGUUUUUUGUGCAUACUGACAUGUCAGUGUGUUACAAAUGGCGGUGUUCUUGAAGUGAGAGGGAUGGCAGCAUCUGGAAUGUGCGGAGGAUCGUCGAGUGGAGACCAUGUCGGUGGUGGCAGACCGGCACGCAUCUAACCGGUAAGUGUUCUGUUCUGCCUGGUGACAGGUCUGAGCGUCGGGGCAGUGACAGGUCUCUUUCCUUAGGUUAUCUCUUUGAAUUUUUUUUUUAAAGCCUGAAAUCUUUGUCGAAAUGGUUUCGUUGCAGAAAGACAAUACUGCAAUCGGUUUAAUUGUUGAAAUUCUGCAGCUCUACCAGCGACGAGCAAUGGCUACAUCAGAGUGGACUGUUAUGGGGGGCUCAAUCAAAUGCGCCGUGACGUGAGUGCUGAGUGGCUUGGAAUCGGGAUCUUCUCCUAGUAUCUCCCCGUUUUCUUGUGGCAGUGCUUUGAACCUGUUUGUUUUAAUUUGUAGUUCUGUGACGGCAUCGGGAUUGCUCGCCUGCUGAACGCGACUCUGGUGCUGCCCAAAUUCGAGGCGGCUGCUUACUGGAAUGAAUCAAGGUGGACUCAGAGGGAUUGGAUUUAAGUGAAAAAGGCUUCAACUAGCAUGAAACUCAAGUUUAGGUUUUUAACAGUGACUUUGCAGAUGUAUUUGACGUUGAUUACUUCAUCGAGCAAACGAAAGAUUUUAUUCACGUUGUGAGAUACUUGCCUGAGGACAUUUUAUCUGGAGAACCUUUCAGAGUGGACUGCAGCAAGCGCAAGGGUCAAUUUGAUUAUGUAGAGCAUGUUCUCCCAUUCCUCUUGAAACAUCGUUACAUCUCGAUCACACCGGCAAUGAGCCAGAGGAGAGACAGGUGUGUACUCAUAUACUAGUUUCCAUGCUCUUCUUUCACCAGCAUCUACAUUAAAAACCAGAAUGAUACCUGAUCAAAGAAAUCUCUUUUUUUCCGUAUUGUUAGUUGAGUCAGACUAAACUUCUUCUUUGCAGCAUUUAUCUUACCAAUUCAACUUCAAUGUCUAACUGGCUUUAAAAAAAAGGAUGACAUUGCGGUGAGUAAGACCAGUAGUGCUUCAUUUGAGCAAAUUUUAACUGCAUCUAAGCAGAAUUGGAACAAAACAAUUGAUAUGAAUUUUUAACGUGUCGGAAAUAAAUUCCUUAUGGGAUUUUGAUACCAUCUUGUAUGUCCAAUUAUUGUGAAAAUUCACCAAUGUCUCAAGAACCUCUUUUCCACUUAUCUUGGAACAACUUCCUUGCUGGCGACCAUUCCUACCUUUUCUUCUAUCGCGAUUUAAUCACCCAAAAUUUUUACUCAUCUUUGUUUUUUCUCUGAGAGUGUUAACUUGCCAUCUACUUCUCGUUUUGACACAUGGUAGUACCUUUGAUCCGAUAAUUUUGGAUAUAAUAUCCCUGGGUAUCCACAUCUACGUGCUUCUGCUAAUGUUGAACAUGCUCGCGCAAGCAUUAUUGAAGUGUACCCAAACAAGUCAGUUGAAAAUGUGCAGUUGUUUCGUGUUUCAAGGGCUUAUCGAAUGAUUGACCACGUAGGGUAUUGUCCUUGUGUUGUGCUGUGGCUAGCCAGUAUAGGACUGACCUUAGAAGGCAGUAUCACUGGGCAGAAUUCUUUAUAGAAAUUUCGAACUUUCAUCAAAAGAAUUUUGACGACGAGAUAAUUUGGCAUUCGUGAAUUUAUUACUAAGAAUCUGGGUAUCCUUUGAAUGAAAUUUCAAUCACUUGAGGCUUUUAUAUGGAGCCCAUGAUGAGAGAUUAUUUCACCCCUUUCUUUGUUUCCAUCUGAAAGUGGUUGGAAACUUGCGUCUUGGAUAUCUAGGAUGAUGGAAUUUUUCUAAUUUAUUAAACGUUGAAAACCCUAGUGCUGCUUUAAUUCUUGACCAACCGCUUACCUCACUUAGGGCGAAAAUUUGCUGCCAUCUAUUUGUCAUGGUCUUCCUACCCGUUUCAGCCUGUGAGCAUCUUCUCAUGUAAAGAUGAAAGGUGCAUCCAAAGAUUGUCAUGAACUGCUUUAAGUCAAUUGAAUGUAUUGGUAAGACGAGGAUCGAAUGCUAUUAUUAUUAGUGGUAGAAAACCUGAUACGGAUUAGUAGGGAUUGGAGUGUUACUUCGGUGUCUAUUAACGGUACUAGUUCUGUAUAGUGCAAUCGGAAUUGCUGAAACUGCAUUCUUUCAUUGAAGCAUAGUUAAAAUGUGCGAUCAGUACAUCAGGGAUUUUAAGAGUGAUCCUGGCCCCAAAUGGUCUACUUGUCGAAAUUCAUUCUCUUUCUUCUUAAGAUGUUAGCAGCGGGAACUGGCAUUGACAUUAUUGCUUGAAUCAAGAUGUAAUCCCUUGCUUCUUUGCUUAACACAAUUUGGGUGUAUUUUCUGACUCUGUAGGUAUCCUCUGUAUGCAAAAGCCACCCUUUGCCAAGCUUGCUACAAGGCUCUGCAGCUCAACCAGGAUCUGGGAAGCAAAGGCUCCAAGCUCCUCAGCCUCAUGCCGAAGCCCUUCCUCUCUCUGCAUCUCCGAUUCGAACCAGACAUGGUGGCAUACAGCCAGUGCCACUACAUCGGGCUAUCCUCUGCCUCCAUGGACGCCAUUGAAGGAGCUCGCGGCAACCGAAGACCGUUUACAGGAGACGUUGCUCGUUAUUGGAGAGAGCGUGGGAAAUGCCCGCUCAUGCCGAAUGAGACGGCGUUCAUCCUCCAGUCCCUUGCCAUUCCUGCCCACACUCCAAUUUACCUGGCAGCUGGGGACGGCAUUCUAGAGCUUGAAGGGCUGACUUCUAUCUACAGUAAUGUCUACACCAAGUCUUCCCUUCUCAGCAGGGAAGACUUUGCCCAGAUGGGCGGCAACACCAAGGCCGCCUUGGACUAUUAUAUUUCCAUAAACAGCGACGCCUACAUCGCCACAUUCUUCGGGAACAUGGACAAGAUGGUGGCUGCCAUGAGGGCUGCGAGAGGGCUGCACAGGACUCUGUUCUUGAGCAGGAGGGCCUUUGCUGUCGGCGUCUCCAAGGGUCUGGCUGGCGCAGAGCUGGCGACAGCCAUGUGGGAGGCCCAUAGGGAAGAUUACAUCAUGGGGAGAGGAUCUGCCCUGCCGGAUUGCUUCUGUGAAACCAAGUUGUGA